UUAGUGCAACUAGUACAUACACUGAGUUAUACUGCCUAUGUAGUGUUCCUAUGAAGACGUGUGUAUGAAUAAGUGAGCGAAACAUAAUUGUUGAAUGUUUCCUAGAUAUGUAUCAGGACUCUAUAAAGUAUACGUAUGUGACAAACGGUAGGGUGUUUAAUGAAUUGUACAUUUGUGAAUAGCACAAAAAAUUCGCGGGUGAGAAGUUUUGCGUUAGACAACAUCCCAUAAACACGAAUGCUUCAAAGGUUCAUGGAAUCAAAGGCAUGGUGGGACGGGGUGGGUGGUAGAGAAUUAGAAAAUUGUUACAACCCUGUGCUAGAAACAGUGGAAAGUGUAUAUAGAAAUCGCUUGAAUAUGUUAAUUAUGUUACGGCUUGCUGUUAAGAUACCAGUUUUAUAAAAAUUUAAGCCGUCUACUGGUGUUAUGGAAGAAACUAAUAUGACACCCAGGAACAAAUUGCGGGGUUCGAAUUCGAUGGGAAUGGGUAGCUUCAGCAUACAAGGACGUACCUAUGGCUCACAAGGAUCAAUAAACAACUUCCAUUCUGUGUUCAAUGGUGGCGGCGAUACCGGUUCGCCACCUGUGCUUGAUUUAUCGGAGUUUCCCUCUCUGACCAACAGAGGGCAACCUGAGCCCGUACCUCAGCCAAGUCCGAUGCAGGGCAAACAAACAUAUGGUAGGCCACUUAGGGCGGCAUUAAAUCCUACCAAGAGCUCACAUACUGAUAACAGUCCAGCGUUGAUGCGCCAUAGUCCAGAGGUUAACACAGGUGGAGCAACGAGAUUACACAAGCCAAAAGGGGCACGACCAGUCAGAUCGACAAUAAAUCCAUCCAAAAAUUGUCACUCUGAGCACAUUCCAGGCCUCACCUCUCAGAGCCAGGACAUCGACAUGGGAAGAGCAUCUGCAAGUAGACUGUUGAAAAACCAAGUAACUGUGGUGAAGGCACCACCAUCAGAAACAAAUGAAUUUACAAUGAGCUCGGAGGACUUCCCUGCACUGCCUGGUACUCAGAGGACAGAAGGACCAUCUCCUGGUGGAAGUUUAUCAGUGGAAAAGAAUCUCUCUGUAUCGAAUUCAGAUAUUGGACAAGAAACAACUGUUGGAAAUAGGGCACCUGGUGCUGAGAAGUCGCAGACCAAAAGAGGAAUACAAACAUCCCCUGAUGGUAAAGUGACGAGGAUUCCGGGAAGUAUGGUCAAGGACCAAUUUGGUAUGGUUGGUCUUCUAACAUUUAUUAGGGCCGCAGAAACAGAUCCUAAUUUGGUUUCCUUAGCCCUGGGUCAAGAUUUGACUGCACUUGGUUUGAAUUUGAAUUCACCUGACAAUCUGUACCCUAACUUUGGAGGGCCAUGGGCAGAAACACCGUGCCGACCUCAGGAUAUUGAUUUCCAUGUGCCUCCUGAAUAUCUUAUUAACCCUAAUAUAAGAGACAAACUGGGUCCAGUGAAAUUGAACCGGUACAAAGAUGACUUGUUGUUUUAUAUGUUUUAUACAAACAUUGGUGAUGUGGCACAGUUGGCUGCAGCAACAGAGUUGUACAACAGGGAGUGGCGGUAUCACACAGAAGAGAAGGUUUGGAUUACACAAGCACCAGGAAUGGGAGCUGUUGAAAAGACUUCGACAUACGAACGUGGUACAUACUUCUUUUUUGAUGCACAAAAUUGGCGAAAAGUGGCUAAGGAAUUUCACCUUGACUACAAUAAGCUGGAGGGCAGACCUCAAAUGCCAUCAACGAUUAAUCAGUCCCAAACUGUCAUGUAAUUUCAUUUUAUAAAUAUAUAUUUUUGAAUAAAAUAUGCAAAAAUAGUAAUAUAUGUGGACACUGUAAGUAUGCAAGAGAAAAUGAAGUAAGAGGCACAGCAAAAGCGGAUUUCUAUUUUCUGAGUACGUUUUUAUCUUUUAAUGUCACAUUCUACAUGAUUCGUCGGGUGUGGCUCUCAGCGUAACAUUGCCAGAAGUGUACUGUGUAAUACAUAAUUGUAUGUACAAGAGUAGUGAUCUGCAGACUGGUAUCAUGUUCAACAAAAGGAAGAAAGGACUUAUUUUCCUUCAGUUAUGUUGUCAAUAUUUUGAUUAGUUCAGUUUUGUAUGUUUUGUUUUAUUUCAUUUCUUAAUUGUGUUGUUUGUAUGAGAACCUGUUUACAACAUUCAUGUAUAUGUACAUAUUGUAUGUCGAGCUGUCUCUAAAAUUUGAGACAGCCAGAAUCGUGAACUUAUUAUAUGCGUUUAAAUGGUUAUUGUUAUGAAGAA